CAGCUGACGAGGACGGUUGGAUCUUGGAGCUUGGAGCUUGGAAGUGGCGUUUUUGGGGGGUGCCUGUAUCGCCGACUGUCCAGCUUACACUUGUGCCUGCUGUCCCUUGCACAGCCAUCAUGCCUCGUGGCCAGAAGAGUAAGCUUCGUGCCCGUGAAAGACGCAAUAAGGCUCGCAGUAAUGCCUCAGAUCCCAAGGAUGCUCAAGCCAGCACAGCAAAAGGAGAAGAGCCUCCCAGUUCCCUUUGUCCGGUGUCUGAGGGUGCUUCUACCAGCACCCCUGUUGCCGGUGCUCAGGGGAAUGCUGAGGAGGCCUCAGUUGCCAGCUGUGCUGAUGCAGUUGCUUGCUGCUCAAUAUCUGCUGAAGGUAUUGUGAGCGAAGAGCAGAAAGGUGCGAGCGUCAGCAUGGCAGCACCUUCCAUUAAGAAUAUCCCCCAUGAUGAUCUAAGUAUGAAGGUAGGGAUGUUGAUGCACUUCCUGCUGGAUAAAUAUAAGUCGAAGGAGCCCAUUACUAAGGCGGAUAUGCUGAAGAUCAUCACCAAGAAGUAUAGGGGCCAGUUCUCUGAGAUGCUCAAGAGAGCCUCCGAGCGUCUAGAGAUGGUGUUUGGCCUUGAUUUGAAGGAAUCCAAGUCUAGUGGCCAAUCCUAUACCAUUGUUAGCAAGCUACAGCUCAGUGGUGAAGGAGCUAGUGGUGGCUGUGGGUUUCCUAAAAAUGGGCUUCUGAUGCCUCUCCUCGGUGUGAUCUUCUUGAAUGGCAAUGCUGCCUCUGAGAGGGAGAUCUGGGAGUUCCUGAAUAUUUUAGGCAUCUAUGAAGGCCAGAAUCAUCUCAUCUUUGGGGAGCCCAAGAAGCUAAUCACCCAAGAUUUGGUGCAGGAGAAAUACCUGGAGUACCGCCAGGUGCCUGACAGCGAUCCACCUGCCUACGAGUUCCUGUGGGGUCCAAGAGCCUAUGCUGAAACCACCAAGAUGAAAGUGCUGGAGUUUUUGGCCAAGGUCAAUGGUACCAACCCUCGUGCCUUCAGAGCCCAUUAUGAAGAAGCCCUGAGAGAUGAGCAAGAAAGAGCCCAAGCCAAAGCUGCAGCCAGAGCUGCAGCCAAAGCUGCAGUCAGAGCCAUCACUAUGGCCAAAGCCAACGCACGAUCCAAGAUGAAGUUCAACACUUACUACCCUUAAGUGAAGAAGGCUGAGGUAGAUUUUCCACUUUGUGUUUGAUAAAUGCUGCCAUAGUUUUAAGUGGUGCAAGUGCUGUGGAUUUAUCUACCCACCUAUCUACAUAUCUGCUUUGUUAGGCAUUGGUAUAUUUCAGAUACUGUUUAUUUUCAUGGACUGUUUAUUUUGAUUACGAAUGCAAACUUAUAAACAGCAUGGGCUAGAAAUGCAUUGCUGUUUACCAGGCUUAAGAGCAAUAAGCCAUUUGUUGUUGUGUAACAGUUUGAAAAUCCUUGAAUUUUAUUUGGGCUCCAGAAGAAGAUAAUGUGACUUUGGGAUAAGGACUUUCUUUGGAAUUGUGAAAAAAUGUUACAGAGAAAAUGGAUGUAGUGUUAAAAAUAACUUUAAAACAUGAGUCACAUCAUUAUUUCCAUCUAUUCACGUUUGUCUAUUCAUAAAAUUCAAAGAUAUGUACCUGGAUGCUUCUGUAAUAUUCAGAAAUGUAGAUCAAACUAUGUAGAAAUAAAUUGCAUUCUUUGUUCA